AUGCCUUCUAGUGAAAAAGAUAUGAACUCAAUUGGAGAUUCAUCAUCACUGAUUUCCAAAAGUCCAUCAACACCAGUUUCAUCUCAUACAAUAACAACAACAGCACGUUCAAUAACACCAAUUCCAUUACAAGCAACAGCCGAUGUUGUAGCAAAUCGUAAUACAAAUAAUUUACAUGAUGAAAGUGAAUCAUCAUCACAAAUGAAUAUAAAAAUCGAACGUAUUUAUGAUGAAUCACUUAAUACUAUAUCAUCAAUACAUCACAUUGAUAACAUAUCUCAUGCCCAACAUAAUCUUAUGUAUGAUCUAUUACCAAAACCAAAUGAUGGUAUACCAAUACCACGUUUUCCACCUCAUAUAGCUGCUUUUCUUAAUGGUAAUGGUGAUGCUAAUCAAUUAAAUGCUCUUGUUCAAGCGUUAUAUCAAGAAAUUGUUAAAUAUGAACUCUAUCCAAAUGCAGAUGAACUUCGUUCAAUAGUAAGUCGUCUAGUUGAUCGUUAUCCACAUUGUGUAUCAGUUAUUGGUAGUAUUGAAUUAUUAGUUCGAAAAUUAUAUUAUAAAUUUUGUAAUGAAAGAAAAAAAUAUCCAAUUGAAUUAAAACGUCGUCAACCCAAUAAAAGAAAACGUCUUAUACGUGAUGAUGAUUUAACAAUGAUGAAUAAUCAACAAAUAUUCUUAGGGUGUCAGACGAAUGUAUCAAAUGAGCUUCAACAUUCAUCAUUAGAUCGUCUUAUGAAUUUAUGGACAACAACGACAACAAAUAAUUAUAAAAAUUUAAAUCAACAACAUUCACCAAGAUCAAGUUCAUCAUCGAAUUCCUCAUCACCUAUUUCAAACAAUCUAGAACAAAUAGAUCAAUCACAAAAAUAUUAUCCAAUAAAUUUAUCAAUAUCAACACAUAACAAUAAUCUUAUGUGUACGGAAUAG